AUGGCUUGCCAGCACAAAACAGUCAGGCGCAUCGAGGCCAUGGCAAAACAGUUUUCAUGGGAGCAGGAAUACAAGAGGACAUGGGAAGAUAGCCCGCAGAGUAAAAUCAACGAGGCCAGUAUGGAAGCAGACGCUUCGUACAGCAACAACAGAAAGGGAAUAAUAAGGCACCUGCACAUUGUUGUGGAUGUUUCCGAAGCCAUCGACAAGCUCGACUUUCUUCCUUCAUUUAGAGCAAGCAUAGCAAAGGCACUUGCAGAGUUUGUUCCCUCGUUCUACACCGAAAAUCCUCUUUCUGUGCUGUCGUUUCUUAGUGUGCGUGAUGUUUGUGUAAAGUAUGUUAGUAGUGUAGAUAUAGACAUUCAUUCGUUUCUUGGGCAGGCAGGAUGCAAGUGGUUUUCGUUACUCAAUGGGCUUGAAGGAUCUGUUGAGAUCAUGAAAAACUCGGCAUAUGUCAAGGAGAUUCUGGUGAUAGUUGCCAGUACAUCAACCAGGGAUCCUCAUGGAUACACAGAGGUGCUUUCGAAGCUGAAGGCACACAGCAUAAAGGUGCAUUUCAUAAGUUUGUGUGGAGAGGUUACUCUGUACAAGUCAAUAUCAAGAGCAACGGAAGGUGGGUUCUAUGUUCCAAUCGACAUGAACCACUUUUCAGCAAUCAUGGCAAAGCUGCAUCAUCCGUCAGACUUCAACGGAACUAAGCUAAGCCUGGCGAAAAUAGGGUUUCCAUUAACUCUAGAAGAGCCCGGCGUAUGUGCUUGCCACCUGGAGAUGAAGAUGUUUGGAUACGAAUGCCCGGUCUGCAACACAAUGGUAUGCUCAUUGCCGAUGCACUGCCCCAUAUGCAGCACACCGCUUGUGUCCACAUUGAGUCUGUCUAAGUCGCUGAGAUUUUUGUAUCCACUGAAGCCGUUUGUCUGUGCAAGCAAUGGAGUAUGCAGUAUCUGUGGGCUUGUAUGUGAGUGGAUGUGCGAGGGAUGUAGAAAUAUGUUUUGCAAGGAAUGCAACAGCUUUAUUCAUGGCACAUUGAGUUUCUGUGUAUACUGCGAUGAACCAUACAAUUAA